AUGGCUCCUCCGUCUAUGAAGUCUUUGCUUCUGGUGCUAGCAAUGGUUGUAAUGGUGGGAGGCGGAAAGGCAUGGAUUAUAAAAGCUCCAAAAGUAACAGUGAAAAUCCAGAAUGGGCUGUCUCAAAAUCAGGACUUGACGCUUCAUUGCAAAUCCAAGGACGAUGAUCUCGGAGAACACACCCUACAAAAUAAAGCAAGUUACAAGUUCAGUUUGAGGCCCAGGUUUUUUAUUCACUCGACACUGUUUUUCUGCAGCUUCUGGUGGCCUUCAAACACUUCGCUUCACUACUUCGACAUAUACGUAGAGGACCGAGACUGGUGGUGCAAUCUCUGUGCUUGGACUAUAUCCGAAUCAGGAGCUUGUAUCUACGAUGAACUCACUCGCCAAACUGAUUGCUAUCCUUGGAAUUCUGCCUAA